AUGGCGACACGGUGCCUUCGCUACAAUCUAAAGGGAUUUACAUCUUGCAGCGUUGAGAUGGCUCCGCACGGUUCAAGUCCAGGCUCGGCGGUUCGUUCUCAGCUCGCGAAGUUUUCUCCUCGCAGAUCCCCUCUUUUGGCUUCACCCGAUCCCCUUGUCCUGCAGAUCUCGGCCUCCAAGAAGAACAAGACUGCCUCGGCUGCCAACACGCCCUCGCAGACCCCCCGUACCUCGGUCCACCUCAACCCCUCGGACGUCGCAGCCGUCAACAAGAAUGCGCUCCUCUCGCAGGACCAAGCCCUGGAGAUGCUGUUCCAGAAGGCCAGCACGAGCCACAUGCAGGCCCUGUCCAUGGCCAGGAUGUAG